CACUGGACAUCUUCCCUUUGUUGUUUGCCAUCAUCAUCAUCACCACCCUCGCUGCCGUCGCCGAUUCUUUGACCAUAUCCGAGCUAUAUCGAAGGCGAACAUCGAGAUUGUAGAAAACGAAGAACACAACGAGUUAUGCCAACAGACACCAUGGACAACAACAUCCCCAUCACUGGUCUCGAUGACCUCACGGCGCACAUGGACGCUCUCAUCGCCGACCCUUCCACUCCCCUCGAAGCCAAGCUGUUCGACGACAUCGAGCUCCAGCUUACGGACUCCAACACCCCUCCCCUCCUCACCACCCUCCUCCCCCGCCUCGUCCAAAUCCUACACACCACCCCCUCCGACCCAACCACGCCCGCCUCGUUAACGACCAAACUCCUCCGCCCUCUCUCCUUCAGCCAAAUCACCUCCCUCGCGCCUCCCGAAUCCCUAAUCCAAGCGCUCGAAUCACCCUUUCCCGCAGCCAACAUCCUCGCCAUGACAAUACUCCACAAAGCCGCUGCCGCUCCAGCCGAGGUAGCCCAGCUAGCAGACAUGCAAGAAGUCGUCCAUUCCUUCGUCAGAACCUGGCUAGGCAGCAGCGAAGUAGGCGUCGGAGAAAAAGGCGGGCGAGUCAUCGGUGACCUAUUGGACGUCGACUGCGAAUUCGACCCUCCGGCACGACCACAACGACAACAACAACAACAACAACAACAACAACAACAUCCGCUCGAUGCCGGGAUGCCUACAUGGCAUGAUAUGGUCUUACGAAAGGAAAAAGGGUCAGGGGCGUUGUGGCGACGAGUAUUUGCCGACCAACAAGUCUACAGCCUGAUUCUGGAUUUACUAGCGGGUCGACAUGAAGAUACGAAUAUCACUUCUACUUCCGACGUAGAGGAAAAGAAGAAGAAAGGCAGACAAUUGACCCUUGCACAAGGGAGGAUACUGAGGAUUUUACCGAGACUGGCGGCCCUGGAUCUGAACAAGGUAGCUCGGAGCGAAGUGGCGGCACCAACACCGGGAUACUACCUUUAUGCUACGGCGAGAACAACAACAAACGGUCACAACACAUCUCGUCCAAACGGGAGGACAACAAACUACAACAGCGACAUCCUCACCAACGGCGUCGGAGUCGAACAAGAAGAGGAAGAAGAAGAAGCAACGCAAAUGCCCCUCCCGGCACCACCAAAACAGGGACAAGGCCUGCUUCACUUUGCUGCCCUCCGCAUGGUCGAUCGCAAUGAUGUGCUUAUGCAUUUAUCCCUGAUUGACUUCUUUGAGGCCUUUGUCGGGUUGAUGCGCGUGACGCCCCAUUCCGAGGACAAGGUGAAUAUCGUCAAGGAGAUUGUGAGAGAGGCGGUGGCGGAUGAUGAGUUGCUGAGGGAGAGCUUGGAGGGGUUACCGGAUAGGACGGUGGAUGAGGAAAGGGAUGAGUUGAGGGGAUGGGUGAGGGAGGUGAUGCCUCCGAGGGAGGAGAUAGAUGUGGUUAUGAGGUAGUGAUCGAAACGGAGGCCGGUGUAGGAGAAUGGGAGGAUGGGUAGGUUACGAACUGGUUACGAGCUGGUUAGGCAUGGAAAGGAUGAUCUGGAGAGGAGAGCUGAUAAUGGGUUGUCGGUAAUGGGCUGGAUGAAGCGAAAGGCAAAGGCAAAGGCAAAGGGAAUUGCAGCUUUGGUGCUCGGGUACCGUACCUUUCUAAUAUUAAGUCGAUCUAAUAUUUAAGUACUCGCAUCACAGAGAAACUUGAUUAAUGGCCCA